AUGGAGCCCUGUCCGGAGAACAGCACCAAGACCCCUGCAGUCCCGGUCGGGGACCCUGACGCGGACCUGACCGAGGAUCUGGGCAAGCAACUGGAGGACAUCAUCAGCACCUACCAGGCCAACGAGGUUGCAGAGGAGCCGGAAGACAAGGAAGAGGUCCGGUCCAACACGCGACGGGACCAGAAAUUGGAGAAAAAGAUGCUGAAAAAUUUGGGGAAGGACGCUAUGCUCCUGAUGCAAAGUCUGAACAAACUCGACACCCCUGAGCAGAAACUAGAGGCCACCAUUAAGAAGCACGCUGAGCUGCUGGAGGAACAUCGGAGCGACCAGAAGCAGUUGAAGCUUUUGCAGAAGAAGCUUCUGCAGGUCAUGAAGGAGAAGGACCAGCUGCAAAGUGAGCACAGUCGCGCCGUGCUGGCUCGCAGCAAAUUGGAGGGACUCUGCCGGGAACUGCAGCGGCACAACAAGACCCUAAAGGAGGAGACGCUACAGAGGUGCCGCGAAGACGACCUGAAGAGGAAGGAGAUCACCACCCACUUCCAGGGGACCCUGAGCGACAUCCAGGCCCAGAUUGAAGAGCAUAGCAACCGUAACACCAAACUGUGCCAAGAGAACAGCGCCCUGGCAGACAAACUCAAGGGCCUCGUCACGCAGUACGACCAGCGGGAGGCCAACCUAGAAAAAGUAUUCAAGCACCGUGACCUAAAAGAGAAGCUUCUGGAUACCAAACUGACUCAGGCCAACAUGUUGCUGAAGGAGGCAGAGGAAAAGCACAAGCUGGAGAGGGAGCUACUGCUACAAAAGGCCGCCGAAUACAAGUCACAAGCAAAGCUCUUGAAGGACAGUGAGGUGGACAUGAAGGCGCAGCUCGACAUGUACUCCAAGAAAUUUGAUGAAUUCCAGGGCACCGUUUCAAAAAGUAACAGCGUCUACAGCAGCUUCAAACAGGACAUGGACAAAAUGGCCAAGAAGAUGAGGAAGCUGGAGAAGGAGUGUCAAUCAUGGAAGAGUCGCUUCGAUGGCUGCAACAAGAGCCUCAUUGACAUGGUGGCGGAUAAAGCAGUACGGGACAAGGAGCUGGAGGUGGUCACCAUCAAGAACCAAAAGCUGGAGAGUCUUUGCAGGGCUUUGCAAGACGAGAGGAAAAAUCUCUACGAGAAAGCGCAAGCGGCCAAGAAGGAGGUCCCCCAGGAACAGACAACCGUCAGCUCCCCAGAAAUCCCCACGAGCCAGGAGCAGGCCCACCCAAAGGAAACUGAUGACACGAUGACACCGGCGCCCUCAGGAGGUGCCCACGAAAUGGUGGACAACCACACAGAAGGCAGCAUUCAAUGCCAAGAACAUUUGGAACCGGAGUCUGUUGAUUAA